CUAUCUAUCUAUCUAUCUAUGUAACAAUACUGACACCUAGUGACCAGUGUAGAAUACUACAUAUCAUCGCAACACCUUUGAAUGUAUAUCUUCUGAAUGCCCAGUCGUUUUUAUGCUCGAAAAUGCUUAAUUUAGGCGAAAAGUAUGUAAUAUUAGCUUGAGUAAUAGGUUGUAUUCAACCAUGAAACAGCAGUAGUUUAUUCAUGAAUAUCUAUUUUUGAAAAUCUGUGAAACUGCUAAAUUUGUAUGGUGAAGUGGCGAGUGGAUUAUUACGGAUUAUGUGGCUUCAUUAGCAAUUGUGGAAAUAAUUGACAUUUUAUUGUUGUUCUAAGCCACCGCUAGUAAUAUAUACUAGACGAUGGUGUUGUUGUUGUAUACUUUGGUUGGAAAACAAUGUCAUCUUGAGCCGGUGAUUCCGCAGCAUUAAUUUAUGGUAGCGCUUUCUCAACUGCCACAAGUGCAAAAACAAGUUACGCACAAAUCACUGAGAAAGUUGGAGGCAUACUUUUCCAGACAAAUUUGGCCUGAUCCUGAAUAGUACCACCUUAGGGGCGUUCCGCUUGAAGGUGAUGAUACGUGGUUUGACGAUGUAAAGUGUUUGGUUAGAAAGCUUUUUUAUUGCAGUGUAAAAUACACUCUUGGGAAAGCAAAAACCUGCAGUGGCAAACGAAGAACACAUGUCUGUCCAAAGCCUUCAGGUUCUGAUGUUGAGCCAGCGGGCCGGGUCGGGUGCUACUGGACUUUUGUCACCUGAUUUCCUCGCUUCCACUAGAAGAAGCACACACGUCUAAUUGGAGUUGGCUGCAAAGAGGAACAUAAAUGAAGAGAGACAAGCUGCAAAUCUCAGUAAUGGUCCCGCAGGCUUUGUUCUCUCCCUACGCCGAGCUGAAAGUGGAUAGAAAUGUCGAGCGUGUUGCUCGGGAGCUGAGAGAUUCCUCAGUCGCACGCCGGUUCCAGAAGAAGCAGAACCAGCGGCAUGAAAAGAAGGUGGGACAAUGCCCUCCUGUGUUUGUGCACAUCGGGAAAAGCUCGGCUUACUUUUUUUUUUUUCUUCCUGUUGUCGGCAGUCAUGAAUAGAAUGUGUGCGUUGGUGCACGCACACACCGAUGUUGUGUGUUCUAUGAGGUAACGUGGAGCACCUCGCUGUUCACUGGAAGGGGGGGGGGGUUAUUGUGAGGAGCUUGGGCGUAGCUGAGAAACUUGCACUCGCAGGAGUCUGGAACAAAGGAGCUGAGCACCGCCGCCUCCCAGCCAUGGCUUCUCAGGCCAGCUACGGUCGCAACAUGCUGUUCCAGACCAUCGACAACGACCUGAACGCAUCGCUGGCUACCGCAGACGAGUUGUCCAAAGAGUUCAGCUCCCUGCUGCAGGAGGCCUCGAGUACCAGAAACGCACAAAUCCCCCCACAGCCCACCGUGACGGUGUCUAGCCCGUCCAACACGUUGAGGGGGUCCAGCAGUUGGAGCAACGGCGCCCCCACCUCCGUGCCUUACACCGCCACCGCAGCAACCCUCCACCCAAUGGACUCAAUCAUCUCCAUCAGCAAAAGCGCCCCGACCUCCCCGGCGCACUCCAUCAGCCCGCUCUCCUCCCCCAAGAUCAGCAGGGCGCACUCUCCCCUCCCCCGGGGCGGCCCCGACAGCUACUCGUACCGCCAGAUGAGCCCCAAGCAGUCGCCCGGCAGCCCGAGGCGGAGCUCACCAUCACGCUACGACAGGAGCCCCCGCGGCUCGCUGAGUUACGGCGAGAGGAGCCCCUCCCCGAGCCCCACUGCCGCCUCCCACCUCCCCUCACCCGUUCACCUGAACCCCUACGACAGCGGGCAGAUGGGUCACAGGUCGCCCCGGCCCGACAGAGGCCCUUCCCCUUUGUUGUUACAGCAACCGCAGGCAGACACGCUUCAGAGACAUUUUCUUUUCAGGCUGCCUGAUGAGGGCACGCAGAGGCAAAAGAGUCCUGGCAAGUGGAAUGAGACGGAUCUGGACAUGUCCUACGACAGCAAGCCUCACCACACCUAUGACAAAAACGAGUGGAUAAGAUCGUCAGUGCCGAACAGCAACUGGAAAGAGUCCAACCUGGAUGGCCCUCCUCCGGCGCCCAGCCCCAAAAAGAGUCAUCGCUCUCAACCUCCCCAGUUCUCCUACGGUUCCCUGUCCCGGAAUACCCGGGUGUCCGUACCUCCCGACGUCGCAUCCCCAACCCAGCUUCAUCCAUACCCUCAGCCCAUUAUCUCCCGCAUUUCCAUCCCGCCUGUUUCCACCCAGUCCCGUCAGCGCAGGCCCAUCCCGCUCUCUGUCAUCAUGCGUCUCCAGAACCCUCACUGGGGCGGCAUGUCUUACCGUUCCCCCGGAGACUCCCGGGAGGUACCCUUCCAGCCUGCGGUGUCCAGGAACUUCUCCAACCAGCCGGGAAUCCAGACCCCGCCGCAGCCCCCUGAGCUGAGACAACCGGCGGUUUACAGCGAUGCCUUGAAUCCGGGUGAUAUCGAUGCAGAACUGUCCCGACUGGACUUAGUUCAUCACAUGCCAAUGAUCAAUGAGGGCGAGCAGAGCAUGCAGGCCCCACCCCGGCCCCUCAGCCCCACCAGGCUUCAGCCUAUGGUGGCUCCAGAGGCCCAGAGCCAGGAGAUCCCCGAUCUGGAGGAGGUGCUCCGUCUCCGAGCAGAGAUCCCCCGGCCCCUGAAGCGGCGGGGCUCUGUGGACCAGUUGCGGCCCCUGAAGAAGGCCUCCCACUACGAGCCCAACCAGUACAAGAACCUCAUCAACAAGCUAUUCCAGCGCAAGGGCCGCCGACACAAGGGCGAGCAGGGGAGCGAGACCAGCAGCUCGUCGGAGGGGGAAGACAACAGCGCCGCUCUUCCUCCACCAGCUCCCCCCCAGACCUCCUCCACCGAGGACAGCAGAUCCUUCUUUCUGUUUCAGAACUAUCAUUCCAUCCUGCGUCGGUCCAACCGGGACCGCAAAAGUUCUGGGAGACGAGCUCGCCUGAGCCCGCUGGUCCUAGCGCUGGAUGGGGCACUCAUGGGCGAGCUGGAGACGGUGCAGCGGGCCAUACAGGAGAUGCAAGACCCGAGCCAGCCUAACGACGAGGGCAUCACCGCCCUUCACAAUGCGAUCUGCGGGGGCCAUUACAACGUGGUGGACUUUCUGGUUCGUAUCGGGGCCAACAUCAGCUCACCAGACAGCCAUGGAUGGACUCCGCUACAUUGCGCCGCAUCGUGCAAUGACCGACACUUGUGCGAGUUCCUGGUGAGGAACGGCGCGGCUGUCAUGGCCAUGACGGAGAGCGAUGGUGCCACCGCCGCCCAGAAGUGCGACCCUUAUGCCAUUGGCUUUGAAGCGUGCGAGACUUUCCUUAGAGGUGUGGAGGAGGUCAUGGGCAUCGAGAACAGCGGCGUGCUGUACGCUCUCUGGAGCUACCCGGCUCAGGCGUCUGAUGAGCUGAGCUUCCGAGAGGGAGACAUGGUCACCAUCCUGCAGAAGCACAACGCCUCCGACUGGUGGUGGGCCUCACUGUGCGGCCGCGAGGGCUUUGUGCCCAGCAACUACUUUGGCCUUUUCCCAAAGGUGCGGCCCAAGUCUCUGUCGUAAAUGUGGACCACUCGCUUGAGCCAAGAUGCUGAUGUGUUAUAAAAGUGUGUUGGAAUUGUGUGUGUGUGAGAUGUUUGAAGGACAUGUUUCAGUAUUGUUUAUUGUGUUACUUUGCUGUGGGUUGUUUUUACAACCGUUCGAGAACUUCCUGUCACAUGUUUGCAAAAAGGAAGUUAGCAUUCGGUCCAAGCACAGUGCUCAGACAGAAACACAAUCAUACUUCGAUUUUCCAGCGCCCCAGUUUUUGUAUAAUUGUUUUUUGUUUUUUUUGUCAAAAUUUUCUCCUGGUAACAAAACUGUUUGCCGUACCCAAACAAAGUACCCUACACGACUGCUAAAUAACCCACCAUGGGGCUAAAUAAAGUUUCAGUGCCAGCAAUUUGAUAUAAAAGGUGAGAAAAUAUGAUCGAAUUGAAGAAAGAACUCUAAGUAUUAAGACGGCAUACCGGCCACACCUCCUCUCCCUCCACUCCUCGCCAACUUCGCUGACAAUUAUUUCUCUGUUUUCUUAUUUCAGCAACCUUCCCUGUACCUUCCCUGUUAAAAUGUUUAGUUUGCACCCACAGAGGCCAAAAAAGAAUGUGUGUGUUCUGUGACUUUAAAAUGUAUUUUUGUUGUGUGUAUUUCCACUGCUUCAUUGGAGAUGGUUGGUUGUAUAAUAAUAAUAAUAAUAAUAAUAAUAAUAACAAUAUACACUUAUUCACACUAGGUAAACGUCAUUCCCUGCAAUGGUUAAUUUAAUGUGCAAUGUCCAUCCAUGGCCACUAGGCGGUGUCAUGUCAUCAAGUAUUAAAAUGUCUGCUUCUGAACGCUUCAAGCUUUGUGU